AUGCUCAUGGAAAGUUGUAAUUGUUAAUUUCAACAAUAAGGCAUAAAAAAUGUAUAAUUAAUUAUAAUAAUUCUAGGCAAUUUAACCACUUCGAAAAGCAAAAGUCUUAAAUUUGAAUCAAAUUAAAGAGGUUGAGUUAAAUGACAAUAAAAAAAGAUAUAGGUAGAUUGUUGUAUUUAAUUGCAAAUGA